UUCACGCUUCUCGGUGCCAGAAAACAAAGUUCCUUUCCUCAACCAUCAAAUGUCCCUUUCUAAUAACGUAUCGAAAAUUUUAUAAAUAAAAAAAUAAUAUUCAAUAUUUAAAUGCUAAUUUAAUGGCCCUUUGUAAUAGUAUAUUCCUUUUAUGUCUCUCUGUUUUUUUUUUUUUUUAUUCCUAAGAUCUCGAUCUUGAAAAGCAGAAAAAUUUUCGUUGUCCGAAAUCCGCGAGCUGAAGCAAUAUCAACUUUCUUCUCUCACUUCCAAAUCAACGACUACGAUUGCAUGAUCAACGGCCGGAGUUUGUUCCCCUCGCCAGAGCGACCGUCAAGACGACGUCGUUGGAAUCUAUGUGUAGUGGUGAGAUUAGGGGCUAGGGUUUGCCGAUUCCGUUGGAUGCCUAUUGGGUGCAAGAUAAAUGCUUCUUGCCGGGGAUCUAGGGUUCUCGAGCCUGGUCCUUGUGGUCUCCUUUGUUCUUCCUCUGAUCGGCUUUUUCAUUAGGCGGAAAUGGCGGCUCUCUGUAGCCAGGCAAGCGGAGAUCAAGAGGCUUUUGAUUUUGGCCUCGGAGGAGGACGCUAGGGCUGAGCUUGAGGCCUCGCUUGGAUACGGUGCUGUUUCCAUUUCACGGAACUAUUACCAAUGCGCUGUUUGCUAUUGUCCUACUACUACGCGGUGUGCCCGCUGUAAAGCCGUUCGAUAUUGUUCUGCUAAGUGUCAAAUUAUUCACUGGCGGCAAGGUCACAAGGAAGAAUGCCAUCCUUCUGCCACUGCCACAGACCUGAAUCUUGAUGAGGGAAGUGAUUCUGGUCAGAAGGUGAUAGAGCAAGCCCAAUAUGGAGACAGAUAUGAGAUCAAAGAAAAGAAACAUAUGAAGCCAACUGGAACCUCCUCCACAGAACCUGCAUCCUCUAGUUCCACUAGCUCUUCUGUGGUUUUAAAUGCGAAGGAUGAUGAUAUAAAGGUUGAGUUCCAUGCUGAUGGGGAAGGAACGAACUAUGCCUCAGAGUCUUCCAGUGCUUCAUUUUCUGGAUUUUCUUCUUCUGCAGCUGGUAGUGAAUCAUCUGAUGAAGUUUCUGUGUGUGAGAGCAUUAGUUCAAAUGAGCCUGAUAAAUUGGAUAGAUCCGCAUCUGCUGAUGGUAAACUUGACACGUUGUCGACUGCUUCUGGUGUCAACAAUGUGGAUCAAACCAAUCCAUCAUCCCCCAAAUUUGCUAGGUUGGUUGAUUCUGUUGAUAAAGUUUCUAAAUUAAAUAAAUUAAAUCAGAUGAAGCCUGAUCAAAGUGGAAAGAGCCAGUGCAGAGCAACUAAUUCUUCAGGUUUUGGCAUUAGUGGUACAUGUGAGGGCUCAAUUGCCGAGGGUGGUAUGUUAUCUUCUGGUUUCUGGGGCAGAACUCUGGAAUCAGUUGCAUCUACAAUUGAUGCUGACAAUGAGUCUUUUCAGUCUAGUCUGAAAGAAGGCGGUAAAAGUGCCUUACUUGACUCUGGAUCUCCCUUACAUUUUUCAUUUAACUUGUCCAGAAGUGCUUCUUCCGCUCAUCCACUAGGCUCCAAAGUGAAAACUGACAAAUUAGAUGAUGCUUCUCAGGAUGCUUUGGGGCAUACAAAGCUUUCUGAUGGGGUAGCUUUGUCAGAAAAUGUUGUUUUAGAUGCUUCAAAGGUCAACAACUCUCCAUCCUCAAGUUCUGAAUGGCCUAACCAUGUGGAGCAUGGGUCUAGAAAUAUUUCACAUGUCCCAAAACCCAAAGAAGCUAUUAAUACAGAUGUUCCAUCAGUCAGUAGCUUGUCAUCUUCAUGUUCUGAAAAGUCUGGCUCUAGCGUUGUCAUUAAUGGACCUAGCAAUGCUUCUCAUCCAUUAAAAACUUCUGAUGCUUAUUCAUCCCGUGCCAGAGUGCAUGCUGUUCCUAGUGUGAAAUCUGGAAAAAUUGAUGGUUUUCAUGCAAAUGCUGCUACAUUACCUCAGGUUUCAAGUUGUUCUUCUAAUGGUAGGCAUGGAUUAAAAACCUCUAUGUGGAAAGUUGUUGAUCAAUUCAGAGGAUCUAAAUUGCCCAAACACUAUCCAUUUGGGGUUGGUAAUGAGGUUGCUGGAAAAUAUAAUGAUAAGGGACUUUUUCCUUAUGAAUUGUUUGUCAAGCUUUAUAGUUGGAACAAGGUGGAACUGCAACCAUUUGGCCUUGUGAACUGUGGGAACAGCUGUUAUGCCAAUGCUGUCCUCCAAUGCUUGACAUUCACUCCCCCUCUGACUGCUUACUUUCUUCAGGGGCUCCAUUCUAAAACAUGUGCCAAGAAAGAAUGGUGUUUCACCUGUGAGUUCGAAAAUCUAAUUUUGAAGGCUAAGGAUGGAAAAUCUCCGCAUUCCCCUAUAAGAAUACUGUCCCAACUUCAAAAUAUUGGUGGUCAACUUGUUAAUGGGAAAGAGGAAGAUGCACAUGAAUUUUUAAGGUAUGCUAUCGAUGCGAUGCAAUCUGUUUGUCUUACAGAAGCCAGGAUGGAUUCAUCAGGUUGUUCAAAAGAGGAAAUGACUUUAAUAGACCUAACUUUUGGAGGCUACCUUUGGUCAAAGAUAAAGUGCAUGAAGUGUCAAGGCAAGUCUGAACGUCAUGAAAGAAUGAUGGAUCUUACGGUUGAGAUUGAAGGAGACAUAGGAACCCUGGAAGAGGCACUACGGCGGUUUACAGGGACUGAGAUUUUGGAUGGAGAAAAUAAGUACCAAUGUAGCAGAUGCAAAUCAUACGAGAAGGCAAAAAAGAAGUUGACAAUAUUAGAGGCUCCAAAUGUCCUUACAAUUGCUUUGAAGCGAUUUCAGUCUGGUAAAUUCGGAAAGGUUAACAAAGCAAUUCGAUUCCCUGAGAUCUUGAACUUGGCACCAUAUAUGAGUGGGACAAGUGAUAAAUCACCCAUAUACAGGCUCUAUGGGGUGGUGGUCCACUUGGAUAUUAUGAAUGCUGCAUUUUCGGGUCACUACGUGUGCUAUGUUAAAAAUGUUCAAAACAAGUGGUUCAAAAUUGAUGACAGCAUGGUCACUUCCACGGAACUUGAAAGAGUUCUAACAAAAGGGGCAUACAUGCUUCUUUAUGCAAGGUGCUCACCCAGGGUCCCAAGAUUGAUAAGGAGUAGAAAUAAGGCCAUUCCAUUGAGGGUCAAUUCAAAGAAUCAUCCGAAGUCAAGUUCUUCGGCACAUUCUAGUAUGGAUGAAUUCUACCCCAGUUCAAUUCAUCCAGAUAUUCCAGGGAGCAUUGAAUCUUUUUAUUUAAAAUACAAUCAGCUGCAAAGGAUUUUAGAGGACUCGUCAAGUGAUAGUUCUCAUUUUAGCGGCUACUCUGAUGAAGGUUCCAGCUGUACGGAUAGCACACAAGAUUCUACCUGCGCUGAUGAGUUAUUGGAUUCUGUAUUUGGUGAUUCAAUACGUGGUUGGAGCAGCCCCUGGAGGAGUUCUGAUUCCAAUGCUUCUUCAUCUACCUCGUCUUCUCCCCUUUACUCGAGGCAUUCACCCGUUGUUGAUUUAGACCGAUCUGGUUCAGAAUCGCCUGAAAUCUGCACCUCUCAAAUGGAUUAUACCGAUUCAGCUACAGAGAACGUUGUUCUUUUGGACAGACAACCCAGUGGGAGAAGCAGGCAGAUGAAUGGGGAAGGUAAGGGAAAUGAUCUUUUUUUCCACUCUGACUGGAGUAAACAGUCUAGAAAGAUCGGUAGUAGUAGUAGCAGCAGCAGCAGCAGCUGUAAGGAAACUGACUCAGAGAGAUUAGGAGGGGUUAACCCUUUAAAUGAUCCAUCUUUUAGAAAUUCAACGAGGGAAAGAACGGAUUAAAAAUUUUAUUAAGAGGCAUUGGAGUUAAGAGUAAGUAAAUAAGAUUAAGGAGGGGUUGUAUGUAAUAGUACUCUUUGUAGCUAGCUGGCUUUGUUUAAAGAAAGCAGCCAUCACCAUUUUGUCCAUUAUCUUAUCGAUUCUCUUGAUAAUAAAAGUAUUAUACAGAAAGACAUUGC